AUGAAUCUGCUGUCGCUCUACAUCUUUUGGCUGCUGACCGUGGUCGCGGGCUCGUCACCGGACUGUCCCCCCCGUAGAUAUGUGUCCCAUCACGAGGCUAAUGCUACGCGUUUUAACGAAGACGGCGUGUUCAACUACUCCACCAUGUUGCUGAGAGAAGAUCUGGGUCUUCUCAUGCUUGGCGCCAGAGAGACAGUGUUUGCUCUCGACCUCAACAACAUCUCCACAAAACGAGCUUUGGUCAGAUGGGAAGUGACAGAGGCGGAGAAGAUGGACUGUCAAAAUAAAGGGAAAGGUCCUGAGGACUGCAAGAACUACAUCAAGAUACUGCACAAGAUGGCCGACAACAGGAUGUUUGUUUGUGGCACCAGAGGGUUUGCUCCACAGUGUGCCUACAUGACAUUUUCAGACGGGAUCCUGACUCUGCAGAACAACCGUUUGGAAGGAACUGAGAAGUGUCCGCAUGAUCCUGAUAAGAGUUUUGCCUCCCUCAUGGACAAUAACACCCUGUACACAGCCGUUUAUAGAAACUUCCGGGGCACUGAACCUCUUCUGAGUCGCCAUCCUGAUACGAUAUCCUCAUACAAUAUCCGCUUACGCACUGAAACUAGCCUCUCCAUAUUCAAGGAACCCACAUUUGCAUCCAUGGCUCAGAUCUCACAGAGUGGCAAGGUUUACUUGUUCUUCGGUGAGAAGCCUGUGGAGUGCGACUGCUUCAACAAAAUGGCUGUCUCCCGUGUGGCCCGUGUCUGCAAGGGGGAUCAAGGAGGUCAGAAUAUUUUGCAGAACAGGUGGACAUCCUUCCUGAAGGCCCGAAUUGAUUGUCCAGUGCAGAAUUCUCAGCUGCCAUACAUUAUCCAGGACACUUACCUUUGGUGUGACCCUCAGCAGCAGUCGAGCGGCUGCUUGUUCUACGGCAUCUUUACACCGCAGAACACAUCAGACACAUCUGCUGUGUGUGUGUACCGGGUGUCCGACAUCGACAGACGGUUCGCAGAGGGGGACUACAAAACUAAAGGCACUGUAUCUACCACCACGUUUACAAAGUGGAUAAAGAAUACUGGAGUUGUCCCCUCCCCUCGGCCCGGAGCAUGUAUCAACACAUCUACUCGGCUGCUCCGAGACCAAACUCUUGAAUUUGUCAGAGCGAAUCCCCUGAUGGACAUGGCCAUCCAGCCAGUUGGACAGAGGCCCCUGCUGGUGCGAAGGGGAACUAUAUUUACACACAUCAUUGUGAACAUGGUAGAGGCUGCAGAUGGCAACAACUACCAUGUGAUGUUUAUAGGCACAGAGGGCGGCACUAUGCUGAAAGCAGUGAACUAUGAUGGCGAGAUGUUCAUCAUUGAGGAAAUUCAACUGUUUAACCAAGCACCGAUCAAAAGCCUGAAAAUUUCACACGUAACGCAUCAGCUGUAUGCAGGGUCAGACUCCGGAGCAGCACAGAUACCACUGGCCAGUUGUGAGAGGUCCCCAUCCUGCAUGGACUGUGUUCUAGCAAGAGACCCAUACUGUGGCUGGGACAUAGUUGUUGGAAGAUGCGUUGCCGUUUACAAUUCACAAAGAGGGCUCAUCCAAAGUGUCCAAGAAGGAAAUGCCUCUCUUUGCCCAAGUGCAGAUCCCAUUAAACCUACGCUUCAGUCCACCUGGCCGGGUGGCAACCUGAUGCUCAGCUGCCCUCCACCUUCCAACUUGGCAAAAACUUGGUGGGAGCAUGACAGUAGCUCCGUGAUCCUUUCAGACCGGGUCCAGCAGCUGAAAGACAAGCUGCUCAUUCUUGGCGUUUUAGAGAGCGAUGGGGGUCUGUACCGCUGCCUGGCUGUGGAGAGCUCAAAAAGCAGUGAGCACACAACUGCUGUGGCCGAGUACCAACUCUCAGUCACCCCAGUAGAGCACUGCGUAUCUCAGUGGAAUCAAUGUCUGGGCAUACUGGUGCCCGUAGUGAUUUUGCUAUUUGUCAUUUUGGCUUGGGACUUUCACAAAGGUCACCUGUCUUUACCUUGCAAAUGUCAAACACAGAACAGAGCCACGAGUCCUACCUGAACAAAACAUUCAGAAGGUCCUGGCUGAGGGUGCAGAAGGUGGGGUGGGCAUGGCCUGUGAUGGGAUAGGUGAGGUUGCCUAUAUCACCU